UUACUAAAUACGAGUAUGGUCACCCUGUGUGACACUUGAUUUUGCAAAGUCAUUCAACCACGAAGUAUUAAAGGGUACAGUAAAUCGAAAUUUUCUACCUAUUGAAUCACCAUGCCAAUAAAAGUGAUAGAAWCAAAGGAAGAGUUUGAUAACUUUUUAAAGGAGAAUGCCAGCAAGCUUGUGGUGGUAGAUUUCUAUGCUGAAUGGUGUGGACCCUGCAAGAGAAUAGCUCCUACUCUUGACAAAUGGGCUGGGGAAUACACGGAUGUAAUUUUUGUCAAAGUGAAUGUAGAUGAAAAUAAUGAAACUGCAGAAGMACAGGGUGUGUCUGCAAUGCCAACAUUUCAACUCUUCAAGGAUGGCAAAAAGGUUGGUGAAGUUGUUGGUGCCAGCGAGACCCAACUCAAAGAAAAGAUAGACAAGCUCAAGUGAACAGACCAAUCACACUUCAGCACUGUUGUUUGAACUUUCAUUGAUACUUUUUUGCCAAUUUUGCACAGUUUAAUAAUUGAGUAGCUUCUUUUUACUGUUUUUUGACACAAAUUUAAAAUUCUUUUAMAUACACUAAUAAAGCAAAGGAAAUGAAGCCUGCCCCCUUAGACUGCAUUACUUAGGCCCCGUCCACACUAUGCCGGAUAAAUUUGAAUCCGAAUUUUCAAACUGAAACCGAAAAAAAAGUUUUUUGUCCACACUAAUACAGCUAGCUGGCGUUUUCAAAUUUUUCCACUCUGGAGACCAUAUUCGAAAAAAUUCGUUUUCGGUGAAUCGCCUGGACUAGUGUGGAGGGUGGGCCUAACGGAAUAGAUAAAAAUUCGGAUUCAAAUUAAUCCGGCAUAAUGUGGACAGGGCCUUAAUCAUUAUUGGACUUUUUCAAUCAUUCUUCAUUUCAAUCUUCAGUUAAAUCUUCAGUUAAUGUUUCAAAAAUAAAUUCAAAUCUGGAGCUCAGUGGCACAUAAUGAUGAUUUGACAAAACAAAGCAAAAUUAGCCAAUCAAUGAUAAACUCAAACUACAUUCCAAUCUGCCACAACCACCUGAUAAACACAGAGACUUUCAUGUUUGUUGUGGCCUGUUGAAAUUUGAAUUUAUUUUUUAUUUCAUUAAUGGAAGUUUAAAACUACCAAAUAUCCAAUAAUGAACUGAAUAAUGCAGUCUUAGGGRGACAAUUCAUGUGCUUYGACWGUAACUGGUUAAUAUCCUUGUUUACAGACUCAAAUAAGAGGUCUAGCAGCAGGGAAACACUGAAAACAGCCUAAGUUAAGGUUUCUUGUAUUACGCCAUUGAUUUGAGGGUUUUCCCUUUAGGUUUCUAUGGUUAAUUUUUUCUUUUUUACAAAAUCUGACAAGCUUAAUUCUAAUUUGAUCUGUGUUAGGAACCGUGUGUUAGCCAUAGCCUGAUGUAGAUCAGCACAGAGGUCAUUAAACAUUUGAUAACAGUGAA